CUAAUGAUUAUACGUACUUUUCACGCUUGGCGCUUUGUGGCUGCUAUCUUUAUCUUUGUGUGAAAUAUGGGAACUUUUCUGUGAUCUUUGGUCGUCAAAAUGUGUCGACGUAGUGGAUUAAGUUUGUGUUAUGUUCGGAUUCGGGAAUUUUCUGUUUAAGUGCUGCUGGCGAGUUGGCGAGAUGCACACAGCCACUGCAGACGGGCAGUACCGCGGUACCAACGGGUCGUCGCUCGGACGGGACAAGGUCGCCAUCUUGGACGCGGGCUCCCAGUAUGGAAAGGUGAUAGACCGGCGCGUGCGCGAACUAUGCGUGGAAUCGGACAUCCUGCCGUUGGACACGCCGGCGUACCACCUGAAGGAAGGCGGUUACCGCGCCAUCAUCAUCUCGGGCGGACCAAACUCCGUCUACGCCGAGGACGCGCCCAGAUACGACGCGGAUAUAUUCAAAAUUGGAUUGCCGGUGCUCGGUAUAUGCUACGGCAUGCAAAUGCUGAACAAGGAGUUUGGUGGUUCCGUGCUGAGGAAGGAGGCUCGGGAAGACGGCCAGUAUGAAGUGGAAGUGGAGACCACUUGCCCACUCUUCAAUCGUCUGGAGAAGCUCCAGCCAGUUCUGCUGACACACGGCGACAGCGUUCAGAAAGUCGGCGAGAGAUUCCGUGUUGGCGCGCAAUCCUCCAACCACCUCAUAGCCGCCAUAUACAACGAACAGAUGAGGCUGUAUGGGGUUCAAUUCCAUCCUGAAGUGGAUCUAACCCCGAAAGGCAAGCAAAUGCUCUCGAACUUUCUAUUCGACAUCGCCGGGCUGUCGCGGUCAUUCACCCUGCGCUCGCGACGCGAGGCCUGCAUACAGUACAUCAGGGACACCGUGGGCGAUAAUAAAGUGCUCGUACUCGUGAGCGGUGGUGUGGAUUCCACAGUGUGCGCGGCGUUGCUAAGGACCGCCCUUCGCGAGGACCAAGUUAUCGCGCUUCAUAUUGACAACGGAUUUAUGCGUAAAAACGAAAGCGCAAAAGUGGAGAGGUGCCUCAGAGAACUAGGAGUUCGUCUCCACGUCGUAAAUGCGUCGCAUCAAUUUCGUCAAGGCAGCACCGUAGUCCUGUCGCCGGGCCCGGGCACAGCGCGCAUGCGCCACACUCCCUUGCUCUGCCACACGACGUCGCCGGAGGACAAGCGCAAGAUCAUCGGGGACGUGUUCAUCCGACUGGCGGAGCAGGCAGUCCGGGAUUUGAAUCUGCAAGAAGACCAGGUCCUCCUCGGCCAAGGCACCCUCCGGCCGGACCUGAUAGAGUCAGCUUCGUCUCUGUGCUCCAACAACGCGGCAACAAUCAAGACUCACCACAACGACACUGAGCUGGUGCGACUGCUGAGGCAGAGGGGGAGGGUCGUCGAGCCCCUGAAGGACUUCCACAAGGAUGAGGUGCGCGCCCUGGGCCUGGAGCUGGGGCUGCCGACGACGCUGCUGGAGCGGCACCCGUUCCCGGGCCCCGGGCUGGCGGUGCGCGUGCUGUGUCUCGAGGAGCCCUACGCUGACCGCGACUUCGCUGAGACACAGGUGAUAGUGAAAAUAAUGGUGGAAUACGCGUCAAUGUGCGUGAAGUCGCACGCGCUGCUGGGACGCGUGUCGUCCGCCAGCAGCGCCGCGGACCAGGCGGAGCUCAAGCGCAUCUCCUCCAGCUCCACUGUGGCCGCCACGCUGCUGCCGCUGCGCUCCGUCGGAGUUCAGGGUGACGGACGGACGUACAGUUACGCUGUGGCGCUAUCAACAGAACGAUACCCGCCUGACUGGAAGGACAUGGCCUACCUCGCCAAAAUGAUUCCAAGGGUCUGUCAUAACGUCAACAGGGUGUGCUACGCAUUCGGUGGUCUGAUCAAAGAGCAAGUGACCGACAUCACGCCGACCUUCCUCACACAACAAGUUAUAUCUACGUUACGUCAAGCUGAUGAUCUUGCCACACAGGUGUUGAUCUCAAGCGGCAUAAUGAACCGCAUAGCCCAAAUGCCUGUAGUUCUGAUACCGAUCCACUUCGACCGCGACGCGGCUGUUCGUGCGGCGUCUUGUCAGCGCUCCGUAGUGCUUCGCCCCUUCAUCACCUCGGACUUUAUGACUGGUGUGCCCGCUAUACCUGGCUCCGACGCUAUGCCGCAGGACGUCCUAGACAGAAUGCGCAAGGACCUGCUGAGCGUGCCCGGCAUCUCCCGCGUGCUGUACGACCUGACGCCCAAGCCGCCCGCCACCACCGAGUGGGAAUGAUCGCUGUCGCUCCCGUUUUAUGUUUUUUACUGGAUCACUCAACGGACGCACCCCUAGGGCAGUGGUUCUGGUUACUUUUUGAACGAAACACCGGCCGACGCCGGCGAAUUUUUUAGUCUCGGCAAUACAUGCGUCUCAAGAAACCCGUAUUCCCCUUAAUGAGAAUGAAAGACAUUGUUUUCAUAAAAAGGCGUCGUUUCAAAGUACCUUUUGUAUUAGUUUUAGUGCCCUUUUUUAUUGAUGUAUAAUAAAAGAAGCCACUAAUGUUUGUAAAUGCGGUGGCGUUUUGAUAAUGCCAAUGCUAUGUACUCAAUGUUAAUUUUAGUUUGAAUGCUAUUAUUGCUACCACGGUUUGCGAGGCAUUUCAAAUAUGGAAAUAAUUUCGCGAAGAUCAUUGCCAGUUUCAAAUUGGUUAUAUUUUUAUUAACUCUUCACUGUUUAUUCAAACUCAAAAUCGCAUGUACGAGAUGUUAUGUAGUUCAUGUAUAAGAAAUAAAAGAAAUUAUUCUCUCGAGGUGACCUUGAGUUUGAUGACCAAAAGGAUCAGUGAAUCUGUACAUUGAAUGAAUCGUUCACGUUGUAAAGUGCCUAAUCGCGCCUGGUCGUUGCGCUUCUUGUUCACUAUUUGAAAUUUUACUAAGCACUUGUGGUUUUUAAUGGCACAGCACAGUUUAUUUUUUAUAUUAAUGGCCAGACAUUUUUUCCAUAGCACAAUAUAUUGAUCAGUUUGGCAAUUCUCAGUCAAAAUCAAUUUUAGUGCUCUCUGACAUGAUAUAAAAUGAAUGAUUAAUGUUAUAAAUAAUGAACAGCCCAUAUUUUAUACAAGUUAUCAAGACAUCGAGGUUAUGAUUAUGUUAUUUUCAAUGAGUUUCUGUUGAAUAAAAUAUUGGUUUUGUUUAUUAUAUAUUGUUUUUAUUGUUUCCCAUGUAGAUUUAACUUAGUGUUUAGGAUUUUUCAAGUUCUGAAUUUAUUUUUUACAUAUCAGAACUUUUUCCAUGACUAAACCACUGCCCAGAAUAUGUUUGUAAAUACAUUUGUGUACCACAAUACAUUGGUGUCACAUGUUAUUGUUAGCUCCACUGAUCAGUUUUGUAACAUUUAGUAAUUUAUUGUAAAAGGCUGUGUAAAAAUAUAAAGCCCGCAAUUAUUCCGCUCGACAAGGUUAUUGUAACGAAUCUUGUAUUUAAAUCGAAGACACUUUGUGUUUUAUGGAAUGGUUCAGUGUUAUUGACUGGAAGUUUCAUAAUAAAAUUAUAUUAUGCUUUA